AUGAACAAUCAGCCAACACCAAGACCGCUCUUUGUUUACGGAACCUUGAGAGCCCUGCCUCUCUUGGCCUGGGCCCUGACUGGCGAUGCAUCCAACACUAGUGCCGUGGCCCGUCUUGCUCGCCCCGCCCAGGUCCAUGGCUACGCACGAUAUGCCGUCAAGGAUCGCGACUACCCGGCUGUUGUCAAGCACACCGAUGAAACCUUGACGGUGGACGGAUACCUUCUCACGCUGCAAACAUCUCAACGCAAAAAGCUAGACGACUUUGAGGGCGAGACCUGCAAGGUCGCAGCAGUGGCAGUGGAGUUGGAGGAUGGGACUACGGUCGAUGGGGAUAUGUAUGUAUGGGAUGGGGACAUGGCGGCUGUCUCGACGGAGGCUUGGGAGCUUGAGACUUUUGUCAAAGAAAGACUAGACGGCUGGGUCGAUCUUUUUGAGGGGAUGGAACUGAUCGGAGAAGAUUGA